AACAAACAUCUGGGUAGCAGAUGUUUGAAACACAAGCAAACUGGAAGGCAUAAAAAACCCCUCCGUAAAGUAAUAGUCAAUAGCCAUGGCUACCAACACAUGUAUCCUUCAGAUCCUCAUCCUCAUUGCCAUCUUCUUACCUAGUGCCAAAUCUAUUCACCUGGAUUUUCCAGCAGUUUUCAACUUCGGUGAUUCAAAUUCUGAUACCGGUGCCCUUAUUGCCGCUGGUAUUGAGAGUCUUUACCCACCAAAUGGACAGACUUACUUCCAAGUACCAUCAGGGAGAUACUCUGAUGGACGUCUCAUCAUCGAUUUUCUUAUGGAUGCUAUGGACUUGCCCUUCCUAAACGCCUAUUUGGAUUCAAUGGGUUUGCCAAAUUUUAGGAAAGGAUGCAACUUUGCAGCAGCAGCUGCAACAAUCCUUCCUGCCACAGCAUCAUCCAUCUGCCCCUUCUCCCUUGGGAUUCAGGUGUCUCAGUUCCAGAGAUUCAAAGCUCGAGCCCUUGAAUUGAUUGCUAAAGGCAGGAAAUUGGAUAAGUUUGUCCCAAACGAAGAUAGUUUCCAGAAGGGAUUGUACAUGUUUGACAUUGGCCAGAAUGAUCUUGCUGGAGCAUUCUAUUCAAAAACAUUGGACCAAAUACUUGCAUCAAUUCCGACAAUUCUUAUAGAAUUUGAAAAUGGAAUAAAGAAUCUCUAUGAUCAAGGGGCUAGAUAUUUCUGGAUACACAAUACGGGCCCUCUCGGAUGCUUGCCUCAGAAUAUUGCCAAAUUUGGAACUGAUCCAUCAAAGCUUGACGAACUAGGAUGUGUUAGUUCACAUAACCAAGCUGCUAAAACCUUUAACCUACAGCUCCAUGCUCUCUGUACUAAAUUGCAGGGCCAAUAUCCAGAUGCAAAUGUCACAUACGUUGAUAUCUUCACCAUAAAAUCAAACCUCAUUGCAAACUAUUCUAGAUACGGGUUUGAACAGCCUCUUAUGGCUUGUUGUGGAUACGGAGGUCCACCACUGAACUAUGACAGUCGAGUUACUUGUGGGCAAACAAAGAUCUUGAAUGGAACCACUAUUACAGUAAAAGCUUGUAAUGAUAGCAGCGAGUAUAUAAACUGGGACGGGAUUCAUUACACUGAGACUGCAAAUCAGUAUGUUGCAUCACAAAUUCUCACCGGGAAGUACUCUGACCCUCCUUUCUCAGACAAAAUGCCCUUCCUACUUAAGCUCAAGUUCUAAAUUACCCAAUAUGUUUAUUGAUAUAAUUAUUUGAUUCUUUAUGCGCUGGUAUCAUGAAAGCAAUAGCUGAUUGUAAAUUUGAG